AUGUAAAUUCAAAAGUCCAGUUUCUCAACACAUUUUCAUCAAAUAUCUCCUCCUUUCUUAAUGACAAAACGAAUAAAAUCAGAAGGCUAAGAUUUUUUAACUGAAUUAGAUUUGAAUGCUCAAAAUUCCAUUAAGAAAAGGGUACAGAAAAGCGAAGCUUAAAUGACUGAGGCAAAUCAAAAAUUGAUUCCAAAAUAAAAAAUGAACAUUCAAGCAAGAAAGAAGGUUAUCAGAACUAAAUAACCAUCCUUGCCUUAUCUCAAGCUUGACAAUAAAUUAUAUUAUGAUAAGUGGUACAUCCCUUAUGAUCAAAGAUAUAUUCCAAAAGUUAAUUUAGCUCAAGAAUCAUAUCAAGAUCCAUACCAUUUUUACAAAAAUAUGCAUUAAGCAGCUGCACAAUACAACCCUUUCGAAAAGUAGUUACCUAAAGAUCUUGAAAGAAAUAUUGAAUACAAACAUCGAGCAGACGUAUUAAAGGAAAUGUUGAAAGGCUAGAAAAUGAUUUAUGAAUUCAGAAAAUCUUUGGAGUCAAAUCAAUAACGCAUUCCAUAAUUUGUAAAAAAAAUAAUGGAAGAUAAGAAAAAUCCACUUUAAAAGUAGUAAUGA